AACAAAUCAAGGGGCUUCUCGGUUUCAGCCUUCCCGCUCUCUUGCAGAAAAUAACCCUUCCUUCCUGUACAAGGUAAGUACUAAUAAUAUAUCGAUUUAAUGUAUAUAGAUGCUUGAAAAUUUGUGUACAUUGGAACUUGUUUCCCUGUUUCUGCAGCCAGGAAUGAAGCGGGUGUGUGAAUCGAGCGGCGAUAGGAUCACCAACCUUCCUGCUGAUGUGUUGCAGCGGAUUCUGGUGUUGUUACCCAUCAAAGAUGCUAUCAAAACGGCCACAUUGUCAACAAAGUGGAGGCGGGAAUGGAAAAGCAUUCCUCAUCUCGUGAUCGAUGACAAUUUCGCUGUUCAAAAGGGUUGUCCGUCUCAACCAACUCAGGCGAUUACGAUGAUUGACGAGUCACUACUACCGAACAUUUACAAAGUUCUGAUGCUUCAUAAUGGGCCAAUAACAAAGUUCGAGCUUUCGAUUUCUCGAUUUUUUAUUGGUCCCAGCCACCAGAAUGCGAUGGAUCAGAUCAUCCUCCAUCUUUCUGAUCAUAGAGGUCUCAGUCUCAGUGAGUUAUCCCUUGUCUCCCUUGCUGCUCAGGUUUACAAGUUGCAUUCUGCCUUGUUUUCUUGUCUUCACAUCAGCAGGCUGAGGCUUAGCCAUUGUGAGCUCAGACAGCCAUCAUGGUUUGUGGGGUUUAGCAAGCUCAGGGUUCUUGAACUGUCAACAGUAACCCUGCCGGCUGAUUUCUUUGAGAAUUUCCUUCACAAGUGCCCCGUGCUUGAAACCCUGAAGGUUUCAGUUUGUCCUGGCACUCCAAGUAAUCUCGAAAUCGCGACCCCAUGCCUCCAAGAGUUCUGCUUCUCCGGGUGUUUCAAGAGAAUCUGCUUCAAGUCCACUCCACUUCUGAAGCUAGUUUCGAUUCAUAAACGUAGUGUAUACGUCGAGAAUCCUCAGGAUAUGGCAGCUUUCUUUGCUUCUCUGCCAGCACUCCAACGGUUCUCUGCUGAGGGAUAUCUCAUAGGAUACCUUGCAGCUGCAGGUGCUGCUAAUAACAUCCCCAUCAGGCUUCCUAAUCCUCUGCACCAGUUAAAAUCCCUCGAGCUCAAUAAGCUUUACCUUGGCAGUUUGAUGAAUGUUCGUGUUUUUAGUUGCCUGAUUAUGAGCUCCCCCAACCUGGUCGAGCUCAGAAUUAAGCGUCUUAAAGAGUUUGAAUUUAGGGAAAUCCAUGGGGUUCGGGUUGAGCUAGACCUCGUGGGGUUCGUACUGGCCUCUGCCCCGCUACUUGAGAAGGUUCACAUAACCCCUGUUGGCAGGUUGGAACCCGGAAAGGUUUUCGGGUUCAUGAAAGAGGUGAUGCAAUAUAAGCGUGCUUCUAAAGAAGCAGAGGUCAUAUAUGCAGGGAGAUACGAGGGUUAAUUAAUACUGUAGCUUUAACUGUCAAUUCACUGGUCACUGCAGCAGCAUCAUCUUCUGCAUAAAUAUAUAUCUACUUCUCCAGGGAGGAAUGCUCUGGGAAGACAUGUGAGGAUGUCUAUUUAUAGCUUUGUUUUGAGUUAGAUAUGUAGAUGCUUGUUUUACUUUCCAAACUCUUUUCUGUUCUUGGUUUACUUUCGCUUCUAGUUUUGAUAUUUAGGUUCAAUGAAGUUUCCUCUGUAUG